GUGCUUGACUCGCGUCGCUGCCUCUCCCCCCUGCAGCACUGUUCUGACCCGCCAUGCGUUAUCCGUGGUGUUUGACUCGCUCACCGAGCUCUUCUCGUAUCUCACUCUCCAUCACUCCGACAUUACUCUGCGGGAUAGAGCCAGGUUUUUCCUCCGCCUCGUAACCUCAGCUCCAGGCCACAUCAUUCGCCACCUCCUCCUAACCUCCUCCUCCCCAUCCCUCCCAUCAGCUCCCGGCCGCCCCCCUGCCUCUGCACCUGCUGCCGCUACUGCUCUGCCUGCUGUCACUGCUGCUGCAGCAUUUCCUGCUCCCCUGUUCCCAUCUCCCUUGUUUCACCCCCACCCCGCUGGCAUGAAUGCCCCUGAUGGUGCUGCUGCUGGCGCCUUCUUUUCCCUCGCCUCCUCCUCUGCUGCUGCAGCUGCUGGUGCCUCUGCCCCCGAAAUUGCUGCUGCUUCAGCAGCAGCAAGAGCAACAGCAGCAGGAGGAGGAGGUACAGCAACGAGAGCAGGAGCAGCACCAACAGCAGCGGCAGCGGCAGCAGCAGCAGCAGACAGACUGUUAGCAGACACAGCAGAGGGACCGCCCUCCCAGCCUCAGUCAGCGAGCAUGGCGGAUGCAGCAGCCUUUGCAGAGAUAGCAGCAGUCAUCAGCUCGCCCUCCUCCUCCCUCUCCUCCUCCGCCCUCAAGGCUGUUGUCGCUGCUGCCGCCGCUGCCGCUCGUGCUGCUGCUGCUUCCGAUGCUGCCGCUGCCGCCGCCGCUGCUGCUGCUGCUGCAGGUGCGAGUGGUGCGGAUCGUAGUGUGGCUGGCAAGGGGGGUCAAGGGACGAUGGGUAUCUUUUCAGCCAUAGGGGGGCUGCUGGCGCCAACAGGCAACCCCUUAGCGCCUGUUCCUGCUGCUGCUCCUGUUUCUAUUGCCGCAGCUGCUGCUUCUGCUGCUGCUGCUGCUGCUGCUGCUGCGUCUACUUCUGCAGCGGAAGGUUCAGAGAACAAGCCACGCGAAGGGGCUGCUGCUGCAUCGUCGACGCCAUCAUCAGCAUCAUCAGCCAUCUCUUCUGCUGCUCCCGCCCUUCCCCUGGCCACUGCAACCACGUCCCUCCCCUCUUCCCAUCUUGCUCCCAUCUCCACUUCUGUGCCUAAGUUGACACCAAAAACCAUCACCACCACCACCACCACCACCACCACCACCACCACCACCUCCACCACUGCUACCACUUCUACCUCUUCCACCUCAUGCUCAUCCCUUGCCGCCCUUCCAUUGGAUCCCAUUCACCCCCGCCCGCCGCCCAAAGGCCCAGUGCAGCUAAAUCGCGUGCUACAGGCCAAACGGCGCCGACCACCGGCUGUUCCAGAUUCGUGGGAGCUCGUCCUUUUCCCCUCAGAUGCGGACAAAAAGGGUGCGGGAGGGGAGUGGGUGCAGGGUAGGGGAGGGGAAGGGGGGGAGGGUGGGGAGAGGGAUAGCAACGAGGGGGGGGAUGGAGAAGAGGGGAGAAGGGAAGAGGUGGGGGAAGGAGGAGAAGGAGGAGAAGGAAGUGCUAAUGUGCACUAUGGUGGUAUUUACAAUGGUUUUAGGGCUGAUGCUGCUGCUGCUGCUGCUGCUGGUGAGCGUGACCGUGCUUCAGCUACUGUCGCAAUCGUUGUUGCUAGUUCAAGCAGCAAUGGGGCUAAGUGUCGCGCUUUGUCAACUAAGUUCCAGUCAAUAGAAUCGCCGUUGCCGCAGCAGCAGCAGCAGCAGCAGAGUCCCAGUCAGUCUCAUAGGUCUUCUUGGUAUGGGUCGCAGAAUCAGCAGGCCCUUGCCUUGCUGGACAAGCGCACUGCUGAGCUGGCAUCCAUUCUGGAUGAAUACUUUGCCAGGUUGGCAAGGAGACAGCCGGGCGGUGCCGGCUCGGCAACAAUCAUACGUGCAGUUACCAGUAAGGAAGGUGACAAAAGCGAGGUUGACAUUAUAGGGUACGAGGAGGCUGAGGGGUUCUGGGUGCGGGUGCCGUGUAUGCUUCAGCUGCUGCCAACUGCUCGAGAGGAGCUUGCCUUCGAUUUAAGCACACUGGGCCAGAGUGUUGCUGGUAUUGGUGGUGGUGUGAGUGGUGGGAUGGGUGGUGGUGCUGCUUCGUCGGCUAUUGAUAUGAUAAUGGGUGCGGUGGUGGGGGUAUUUGCUGUUGAACUGAGUUUCCGAGCCUCGGUGUUUACCGGACCUAUUGAGCCGUGCCUGAUUCCGUGCCUCAUGAUGGCCCGGGACGAGGGGGAAAUGGGGGAGGAGGAGGAAGAGGUGUGGGAAGAGGAGGAGGAAUGGGACGAAGAGGAGGAGGUGGAUGAUGAUGAUUACAAGGAAGGGGAGGAGGAGGAGGAGGGCGGAACGGAGGAAGGGAGCAGUUUUAAUAACGACAUGAGCAUUAUCGUUUUCAGUCAGGGUGAAAAGCCGUCAACUGGGGAAAUAGAACCAUUGGAGCGAGGGAGCGAAGACGGGGAGGAGGAAACGGAAGGAGACGACAGCUACACGGAAGAAAGAAGCACCGGGGUUUUCACCACAACCCCCUCUUCUUCGCACCACCAAGCAGUCACUGAUCUUACACCCUUCGACAUCGAGUUUUCGCCCCAUUGGCCGGCGCCCAUCCUCGUGGCGGUAACAGUAACGUUCACGAGUCAGGACGGGCGCACGCUCACUGGUGAGCUGGCGAGCAUUCCCAUCGGCAUCGAGGAUUUCUUCAUGCCCGCUCCCUGGCCGUUCGCUAGGGGGGGGGCGGGAGAGGGGUGGGGAAGGGGAGGGGGAGGACAGGGAGAGAGAGGAGUGGCAGUGGAGGUGGUGGAGAUGGGGUUGAUGGCGGUGGCGGUGGCGGUGGUGGUGGGGAGGGGAGAGGGGGUAAAGACGAUGCGGAGCUGGGGUUGUUCGAUGCUCUGUGGGAGCUGCUGGGUGGCGAGUUGAGGGGUCUUUCAGGCAGGAAGGGAGGUGUGGAGCAGGAAGAUUCCAGUGGAGGGGGAGCAGAUGGAGUGGGUGAGGUGAUGGGGAGUAGAGUGGAUGGAAUCACUGUGGGGAAUGGAGGAGCUGUGGCCUUUGAUGGCAGGGGCAUGCCUGCAGCACGGCCUGAGUCGGUCCGCACUGUAGGGGUUCCGCUGGAGGUGGUGAUUGGAGCAGUGGAGCAGCAUUUGGGCCGGUUUGUCAUUGGUGUGGAGGGGAGGGACUUGCGGCGAUGGCUGGGGGAGAGGCUGAGGCAUGUGACUGGUGAUGGUAGUGAAAUUCAUGAGUGUGGCGGUGCUUCUGUGAGCAGCAAACGCACUGUGAGGACAUGGCAACGUGUUUUAGGCACAACUUUUGCAGACGGUAGUGGGGCAGACAGUGCUCGUAGUGCUGCAGCUGAAAUGGGUGAUGUUGACAGGUCAGAUGUGCGGCUGGCGGCCGUUGGGAGCACCAGUGGAGCCAACCAGCAAGCUGCAGAGGCCGAUUCUGAAGCUCGGAUCCUGGGCUGCGUGCAAGUGCUCAUUUUCAUUCCACCACGGUUCCACGUGGUCAUGCGCCUUGAGGUUGGAGCGUCAUCGACCUUAGUCAGGUUCCGAACUGAUUACUGGCCAUGUCUCGUGCACGUUGAUGAGUAUCUAGAGACCAUUCUGCCCUCUCCAGUGUCAAUUGGGGGCACAGAUAGGCAGGCCGUUGUAUAGUCUUCAUGCUAGCAUUUGUGUUCUUCUCACAUGCAUUGACAGGGCAGAGCAUGAUUGAGUACUCAGCUCUCCAGACAGUGAAGUCAAACUUGUAUUGGCACAUAGCAUGGCAUGCUGUAACAACGAGUUGAAUUCCACCUU